GGUUGUGACCUCAGGAUGACGUAUGUCUAAACAGGAAGUUGGGCAGCACGUUUAUGUUGCUGCCACAUGACCACACAUCCCUGCCGUUGUCAUAAGUAAAUAAAUGCCGAUGGACUAAGUCGCUAUCAUGGCCACAGGCAGGCUGAUUUUCAGUAAUAUCACCGCCCUGGGCCCCAUGGUCCGAGUGGGGACUCUGCCAAUGAGGCUGCUGGCUCUGGACUAUGGAGCUGAUGUGGUUUACUGUGAGGAGCUGAUUGACAUCAAAAUGGUCCUGUGUCAGAGGGUAGAGAACGAGGUUCUGCAAACAGUGGAUUUUGUAGCUCCAGAUGAUCGUGUGAUGUUCAGGACCUGUGAGAGGGAGAAGGACAAAGUGGUCUUCCAGAUGGGAACUGCAGACCCAGAACGGGCGCUGGCUGUGGCCCGUCUCGUGGAGAAGGACGUUGCUGCGGUGGAUGUGAAUAUGGGCUGUCCCAAGGAAUACUCCACCAAGGGGGGGAUGGGAGCUGCUCUUCUGUCAGAUCCUGACAAGAUCGAAGCUAUCCUGAAGAAACUUGUUAUGGGAAUUUCCAAACCAGUGACGUGUAAAAUCCGAAUUCUCCCGUCGCUGGAGGAAACAGUCCGUCUGGUCCAGAGGAUUGAGAAGACCGGCGUUUCUGCCAUCGCUGUUCACGGCAGGUUUAAGGAGGAGAGGCCCCGGCAUCCCGUCCACUGUGACUACAUCCAGGCCGUUGCUCAGGCCGUCUCCAUCCCCGUCAUCGCAAACGGAGGUUCUCUGGAUCUGGUGAAAAGCCACAGCGACAUCGCAGAGUUCCGACGGGUGACGGGCGCCUCCUCCGUCAUGUUGGCCCGCUCCGCCAUGUGGAACCCGUCAGUGUUCAGCAGCCAGGGACCCCUGGCGGUGGAGAAGGUGAUGGAGGAAUACCUCAAAUAUGCCAUCCGAUAUGACAACAAUCCCUUCAACACAAAGUACUGCCUGUGUCAGAUGCUGAGAGACAAGGUGGAGUCUCCACUGGGGAAACAAGUGCAGGCAGCUCAGACCAAUGCUGAGAUCAGUGAGGCGUACGGGCUGCAGGAGUUUUACCAGCAGACUCAGGAACAGCUCCAGGCCAGGAGGGACGCCCUGCAGAGCAGCAGCCAGCUGGACACACCCGUCAUGGAUGGAGACGUCACCACCAUGCCCAUCAAGUUUGAACGGAGGGAGUAUCCUCCACAAAUCACUCCCAAAAUGUUCCUGUUGGAGUGGAGCCGGCGGGAGAAACUGGAGCAGCCACUCUAUGAAACGGUGCAGCGUUCUCAGGAUCGAGCCUUUCAGUCCACUGUGACUGUCGCUCAGAAGAAGUACAGGUCUUCACUCUGCUCAGCUGGUUUUUGGUGCCACCAGCCAUAGAGGACCAGUUUUUAUCGGUCAGUUUGAGCUCUGAUUGGUGACAUGUUUGACAGGAAGUGGCUUCAUCAUCAUUUUUGGGUCAAACUACAGGUCUCUUAGCAACAUAGUAGCCAUAGUGAUCUUUUUAGGAAAAUGUGAUAAGAAAUGGAUCACCGUCAUGUGGUUUUACCACAUAGAGUCAAACAGAUAAGAACCAGUCAGAAAGCAAGCCUGAUGGGCAUUAUGGCAGUUGAUUCUGCAUACCUUUACUUCACAUCAGAUCCCAGAUUAGGAUCACAAGCUUGCAUUCUGAUUGGUUCUUAUCAAGUGUAAACAACAUCAUCCAGCUCUGAGAGUUUUUAGCUCUGGAUCCUCACACUGAUUUGUUUAUUGACACUCCGCCAAAGCCAAAAUUAGAAAAGCACAUUUUAAUAGCAGGUAAAAACACAAAGACUCAUCAUCCAGAUCCAGACUGUGGUGAUACCCGGUCAGAGUCACACCUUUGUCAGCGUCAUGUUUUCUUGACUUUGUGUUGAUGCUGUUUCUAUGAAGGUCUCACAUUAAUGUUUGUGUUUAAGCUCUUUAGAGCAGAUGGAGGAACGAUGGAAGUAAGUUUGACAAGAGGUUAAUUCCUACGUUUGUUUUUCCUGACAGUAGGGUCCACACGGGUCCUUUAGUCCUUCUGGAUUUAUUUAAGGCCCAACCUUAAAGUAUUUAUAUGACAGGCAUGUUAGCGAUGACAGAAUGAAAGAAACCAUUAAAACCAGUGGUGAAGAACACCCCAUUAUGAAACAGUAUGCAGCAUGACUAUCACAUUCCCAUUUCUCUGUGUUUUGUUUGUUCAUUUCCUCCACUUACGGUGACACGUGGUUGAGCACAUUUUCCUACACUUUUUACCACAUGAGCAACACAAAAGAGCAUUAUGAGUAGGACAAAUGCUGUCACUUGAUAUGGAGGAUUUAGGCCUUCAGACGUCAUGAAGUUCUCAGUUCACAUAAAGGGACUAAUCUUCACUCCCGAUUAUAUAUAUAUAUAU